GGGUGUUCAAGGUAUUGGUAAUCCUGGCCAACCGGGAGCAAAAGGUGAACCAGGGGAGAGGGGUCUUAUGGGUCUCAUUGGAAAGACAGGUGCAAAGGGAGACUCUGGAGACCCAGGACAGAAUGGAGAACCUGGAAAAACUGGUCCACAGGGGCCAACGGGACAGCGUGGUAAGGAUGGAGAAAAGGGAGAUAAAGGAAAUGACGGUACUGCGGGUGAACCUGGAACCCCAGGAAGUUCUGGAGAGAGAGGUCUGAGGGGUCCUCCAGGGAUCAGGGGCAUUCUAGGAGAAAAGGGAGACCAA